GUCCUUGGUGGGCGAGCCGGUGGCCUACCCAAAGAUCCACGGCUUCCUCAGUGCGCUGCACCGAAGACGCAUCUCCUCCUUCUUGGUGACCAACGGGCAGUUCCCGGCCGCGCUGAAAGCGCUGCCCAGGACCACGCAGCUCUACCUGAGCUGCGACGCCGCGGAGCCUGAGAAGCUGCGGGAGGUGGGCCGGCCCCUCUUCAAGGACUUUUGGGAAAGAUAUUUGGAGUCUAUGGACAUUCUCCGCGACCGUUCUGAACGUACCGUAUGUCGGCUGACGCUUCUGCGGGGCGAGAACAUGUCCUCCCCCACGGCCUGGGCGCGUUUGCUGCAGAGGCCGCGGCCCGACUUUAUCGAGGUGAAGGGCGUGACCAUGGCGGGGCUCUUUCGGAAGAACGGCUUGGGCACUAUGAAUAUGCCCACGCAUAUGGAGGUCAGAGAGUUCGCCUCCGCCGUGGUGAAGGAGUUGCCGGGGUAUAGCCUGGCCUGUGAGCAUGAGCACUCGAACUCAGUGCUCAUAGCUUCCGAUCGGUUCCGCGGCAGCCAUGGCUGGCGGACGUGGAUCGACUUCGAGGGCUUCGCGGACUCGUGGGACUCGGCGGCCGUGACGGCGUUGGACUACACCGCGGCGACUCCUUCCUGGGCCCUGCUGGGCUCGGAGGCGCUGGGCUUCGCGCCCGGCGAGGUGCGGCAGAGGCGCGCGCGGAGUCGGCCCAUCUGGUCCGAGGAGAAGGAGCAAUGGCGCGCGGCGGACGCGAAAAGUUAAACGCAGCCGUCGAUGGAGCAGCGAGAGGGGUCCCGACGGCGAGAUGGAUUCACAAGGGCCGAUCCGCGAUCGGUUCGCAGUCUGACGACCGCGCUCGGAAGCGAAGCAACCAUAAUUCUGCU